CAAUAUCAAUCAAUAAAGAAACAAUGGACCAUGUUUUAACGUGGAAUGAGAAUAAAGUAACCAAAUGGAUCUCGACCAUUGGUUACGGCUGUUAUGAAAAUCAAUUUCGCGAACAGGGAAUCACAGGCGAUGUACUUGUUAAUCUCGACCAUGAAUCUUUACGAGACUUGUCUAUUUUAACUGUGGGUCAACGUAUGGAUUUAUUGAAGAAUAUUUAUCAGUUAAAGAUGCAUUACAAAGUUCCUGUCAAUGAAUGGGAUUAUAUACCUCCAAGUGUAUUAUAUGAAACUGAAUGGUUAGGUCAAAAUGGAAUGGCAGAUUAUCGUAAAAUAGAAGCAGCUUUUCAAGAACGAGAUGCACGUAUCAAGCGAUUGACAGAGGAAUUACAUAAAAUGGUGAGUGACGUGAGUUUAUUGAAAUAUGAACUGAACCAAUUGGUAAAAUGGAAGUCUCAAAUAGAAAACAACCAUACCAAUCACAAAGCUUCAUUGUCACCAAAAUCGCCAUUUUAUCGUCAUCUUACAAUCAAAGGCACAACGUUAUCUGAUGAUGCAUCUCCUAAAUCAAACUCAUCCUCUGCUAUAACUGCAACUAUUCCAACCAAUGAUGCUGGAGCCAUCAAGGUGUACGGUGAUAAAAUCUCUACAGCUACAGUAGAGCACAGGAGUAAUAGUAAUAGUAAUAGUAGUAGUAGUAAUAAUAACAAUAGUGCCAGUAGCAGCCACCAUAAUAUCACCAGCACGAGUAGUAGCAGCAGUAGCAGCAGUCAUGGUAACAGUGAAGUAGAAUCCUCCAAGAAUGUUCGAUUAUUACUCGACGACCCAACAUCCAAAGUCAUCAUGUCAGCCUUAAAAAAAUACAAUGUCAACAGCGAUUGGCAACAAUAUGCGUUAUGGAUUCAGUAUGGUUCAGCGGACAAUAUACAAGAAAGAGCGUUAGGAUAUGAUGAACGGCCUUUGAGAAUUUCACAAAAAUUAAAGGAAGCCAAGCAGAAUCCUGUAUUUGUAUUGAAGCAUGUAAAAGAUAAUAAGCCUUUUAUACCUCCCUCCACUGCUUCACCCUCGUCAUCCUCCUCAGCAGCAGCUAACACUGCUACUUUGACCGCCAGUAAUAAUAAUAAUAAUAAUAAUAAUAAUAAUAAUAAUAACAAUGCUCAAAUGAAUGAUACACCACCAUCAUCAUCAUCUAUAUCGACAAGUGCCGCCAUCUCUUCAUCUCCUUCCUCAUCCACCCAUACCAAUCAUCAUAAUACCAAUAGUCACCCUACAGCGACUUUUAUUUCUUCCAAUACUUGCACUAAUAAUAAUACUCGAUCUGCUCCACCGCCAAAAUCAACUUUACAGCAACAGCAGCAGCUUCAACCACCGCAUUAUUCUACGGGCAACCUGAAUAAUAAAAAUAUCACUUCAGGAAAAGUGGGCUAUGAAGUAGUUAUUCCCGUCAUGUCAUCUACCUCUAUCAACAAUCAUAAUAAUAACAAUAACACGACAGCUAAUACUCCUUCAAGUAACAAUAAUAGCGUGGGUAGUCUAAAACGAUCGCAAACACCGGCUUCAACGACGAACUCUUCUACAACCAACACACUACCCACUGUUUACAAUAAUGAACUUGGGUUAGAUAAUGCUGUAGUUAAUGCAAUAUUUUCAAUCAAUAAUAGCACGGAACAAUCAUAAAGACUACUUUUUUUUUUUUUUUUUUAUUCCAAGAAAAAUGUGGGUUAGUUCAAGA